GGCCAUUGACAUCAAGCUGCAAUCGUUGGCCACUCGCUGGGUGUUUCAGUGAUCGACUCAACAUGACUUCCGCGACGCUACUCCUUCUCGCAACAUUGCUGUGCUCGCGUGCGACUGCACAAGUUCUAAAUGGCAAUGCUGGUCAGCCAGGGACGUCGAACGCGACUUUUGGAACUCCAAGAUUAUGCGAGGCUUCCGCUGGCGCUGCAAACGUUGUAAGUGAAUCUUGAGGACGUCUUGUUCUUUCCUCAGAUUUGGUCAACAAAUUACUGACGGCGGCGGCGGUUUUGCUUCAGUCGGGUGAAGUCACUCUCGCGCCCGCUCUCCUUC